AUGAGAAGAAAUGAGAAAACGUACUUGAAACCAAAACAGGAAAAUAAAAAGACUGAAAACUAUCGAGAUGAUUCAGUGACAAGUAUUUCCCAUGCACCUAGUCCAGUCCCAGAUUUUGCAAGAGCAAUAUCUAGCUUGUCACCAGUUUCUCUUGGAAGAAAAUUUCGACAAAAUGAUGUAAAACGACAAGAUAUUGACAGGAUAUCUACAACUGCCCAACCGCCAAGACAAUCGUCCUCUAGAUUUAUUAAAACUUCUCAUGAAGAGUUAAAAGCUCUACCUUUAUUAGUUGAGACACCACCAGGUGAACGAGAAACCCUAUUGCUCAAUAAAAUACGAAUGUGUUCAACUUUAUUCGAUUUCAAUGAUAAUAGUGUUCAGUUAAAAUCAAAAGAGAUUAAAAGAUUAACACUAUUAGAAUUAGCUGAAUUUAUUUCAAUGAAUUCUAGUUCACUUACUGAACCUAUUUACAUGGGUAUUAUAAACUUGCUAAAAGUCAAUGUCUUUCGUACAAUUGUACCAACUAAUACAAGUACAGAAAUGUUAGAUUAUGCAGAUAAUGAUGAUGAACAAAUGACAAAUUUAGAACCAUCUUGGCCACAUCUUCAGUUAGUCUACGAUAUAUUUCUACGCUUUAUCAGUUCACCGGAUUUUCAAGCUGCAUUAGGAAAAAAAUAUUUAGAUCAACAAUUUUUUAGAAAUCUUUUAGAAUUAUUUAAAUCUGAAGAUCCACGUGAACGUGAAAUGGUUAAAAUGAUACUGCAUCGUGCUUAUGGUAAACUUGUUACAUUAAGACCAGUUAUAAGACGUAUGGUCAAUAAUAUAUUUCUACAAUUUAUUUACGAGGAAGAUAAUCAUUGUGGAAUAGCUGAACUUUUGGAAAUUAUUGGCAGUAUAAUCAAUGGUUUUCAAACCCCAUUGAAAGAUGAACAUAAACAAUUUCUACGCAGAGUAUUACUUCCGUUACAUAAAUCACCAACAAUGGGUCAUUUUCAUGCUCAAUUGACUUAUUGUACAACAGAAUUUAUUAAAAAAGAUUCAAGUUUAUUCACAGUGAUCAUUCAUGAAGGUCUACUACGUUUUUGGCCUAGAGUAAAUUCAGUUAAAGAAAUGCUUUUUCUCAAUGAAUUAGAAGCUUGCCUUGAAUGCACUGGACCAAUUGAAUUUCAAGCUAUUAUACCUGAAGUAUUUCCACGUUUGGCUAAAUGUAUUGAAUCUUUGCAUUUUCAGGUUUCAGAAAGAGCUCUUAUGUUUUGGAAUAAUGAAUAUCUCUUAUCAUUAAUGUCAGAGAAUAUAAAUACAGUUCUACCGAUUAUCUUUAAUUCAUUAGCAGAAUCACGAAGUCAUUGGAAUAAAACUGUUCAUGGAUUAAUUUGUAAUGUUUUAAACUGGGCCAUUGAAACAGAUCAAAGACUUGUUGAACAGUGUUCAUCAAAACUGACAGAAGAACGACAAAAGAAAACUGCACGUCUACAAAACCAUGAAGCCUACUGGAAUCGAGUGGAGUUAGCAGCUGAAAAAGUUAAACAAUCGUCAGUGAAUUAUCCAGUUAACAUGAGAACAUCAUCAAUAUCUGUAUCACUUUCUGGCAUUAAAAAUAAAUAUCCAAUGUCUAACACUUCAAAUAACAGAAGUUUAACAGGUUUAAAUGAAUUCUAUGCAAAAUUAUCUUCUACAACAACAACAUCAUCGUCGUCAUCAUUACCAUCUACUCCUCUUGCCACCAGUGUGCAUACUACUACUUCCGGGAUUGGCAGUAGUACAGGCAGUGGAAUUACUGGAAAUGCUAAUCUUGUAAAUAAUCCAAAACUUUUUCCUUUAAAUAAUAUGAAACCUGGUGAAUUAAUCAAUACCGUGAAAGAGAAUCCUAAUAAUAAUUAUAAUACUGAAUUUUCACAAACAUCUUGCAAUCCAAUCCAAUCUAAUCUAUCUGGAUCGUCUUCUUCAGUUUUAAAUGCCUUACCAUCAUUUACCAGCACCCAGAAUUCUUCAUCACUGACAUCGACAAUAUUGACAACAACAACAACAACAAAUACUUUAUUGAAAGAACAAACUACAACAGUAGCAUCAGUUGACAAAGUAGAUUUACAGAGUCAAUCAAAUGUGAAACAGAAAACUCAGACAUCUACUGUAAGUGAUGUUAAUGUAAAGCCUAGUUCAGCAAAUACAGCAUCAACUAAUUUACUCAAUUUCAGUAGAAAAUUACGUUCACCAAAGCCAAGUACAACUGUUGUUCAAACAACUAAGAAACCAACGAGUUCCACACAAAAGCAGCCUUUGAAGUCUAACCCAACCAUGACUACCCAUAAAGAUACACUGACGUCAGCGUCAUCAUCAUUAUCAACAUCAGUUCCAUCGGCUCAAGCAACAUCAAGUAGCAGUACAUCUAAGUCAGAGAAAUCAACAAAUUUAAAACGCACAACAACCUUGAAAUCAUUGAACACUUGA